GUUGCAUAUCCCGGGAUAAAUGGGGAAAAGAGAGUUACAACGGGGAAAAACUGAGAAAAGCGUGGCUUGGAGAACAUAUCACGCUUUUGUCCUAUGACCCCCCCAAAAAGUUGCAGUAGGCACUGUGUUUUUCUGUAAGGAAUACCCCCCUCCCCCCCGGUAUUAUAGUUGCUUUGCUUGAGCUGCAGUUGCAGAGGUGGGUAGCCUACUGCUGAGGGAUGGGGUUAGAGAAGUGUGCACCAUCCGACUACCUGUGUGGCCCGGCGUGACAGUGAGGGAUCUGUGAUGUGUUGUGUCUUAGUGUGAACAUUUAUCCAAAGGAGGCAUGUUUCAUAAAUUCAUGGACACGACCAAUUGCGACUUUCACUGAUAACAUAAAAUAAGGCAUUGCACGCGCCAACAACUAUUUUCUGUGAGGAUGGCUUUGUAAUAACCCUGGCUCGUUACGUUCGUUGGGAUUCCCCGCAAUAUUCUCAACAAGAAAAAGAAAAAAGACGCAAAAAUGGACAAAGAAAGUGUAUCACAACAGUACGAGCCCGUCGCCGAGAUUGGGGAAGGUGCGUAUGGAAAGGUGUACAAGGCACGAGAUUUGAAGAACGAGGGACGCUUUGUAGCCCUAAAACGAGUUCGGGUACAGACGGAGGAGGAAGGGAUGCCCCUCUCGACCAUCCGUGAGGUGGCGGUACUGAGGCAACUGGAGGCAUUCGAACACCCCAACAUAGUCAGACUGUUCGAUGUGUGUACUGUGUCUCGGACCGACCGCGAGACCAAGCUGACCCUGGUCUUUGAGCACAUUGACCAGGACCUGACCACGUACCUGGAGAAAGCCCCUGAUCCUGGGGUGCCACCUGAAACUAUCAAAGAUAUGAUGUACCAGCUGCUGCAGGGCCUGGACUUCCUGCACUCACACCGUGUGGUUCACCGGGACCUGAAACCCCAGAACAUUUUGGUCACCAGUGGAGGACAGAUCAAACUGGCCGAUUUUGGCCUCGCCAGGAUAUACAGCUUUCAGAUGGCCCUGACCUCUGUGGUGGUGACGUUGUGGUACAGAGCCCCAGAGGUGUUGCUCCAGUCCAGCUAUGCCACCCCAGUUGACCUGUGGAGUGUGGGCUGUAUCUUUGCUGAGAUGUUCAGGAGAAGACCUUUGUUUCGAGGAAACUCAGAUGUUGAUCAGCUGGGCAAGAUUUUAGAUGUGGUCGGGGUUCCCUCGGUGGAGGACUGGCCCCAGGAAGUAGCCCUACCACAGAGUGCCUUCUCCCCACGACCCCCUCAGCCAAUCGGAGAACUUGUCCCUGACAUGGACGAGCUGGGGAAAUCUCUUUUACUCCAAUUCCUGGCUUUUAAUCCCUCCAGAAGGAUAUCAGCGUUUGCUGCUCUGACCCACCCCUACUUCCAGAGUGUGGAUAGUGACACUAAGAGUGUGUACACCCAGCCCAUCGGCAGCAACAAGCCCACCCUGGAGGAGAGAGCUGCCUGACAGCCCCCUGGCCAAGGACUGGACUGGCCUGACAGAGAGGGAGAGAAAGAGAGGGAUGGACACAAAGACUGAGAAAGAGAGCAAUAAACAGAGACAUUUGAUUCCAAAAGGCGACAGUGCUGUCUUCCACAAUUUACCGAUUUGAAUGCUGCUUUUUAGGAUACUUUUUAAAAAAAAGUUUAAACAAUGCAAGGACCCCUGAAGCUGAGAUGUACUGCCACCAGGGGAGAACCUCUGGAUGUCCAGGAGCUGCUGCCUCUUGUCUCUCCUUCCUUAGCUUGAGGAGAGGCUCCUCGGUGGGGGAACACCAAGCACCAAGGGUAGGUCGGCAUGGACCUCACCUGGAGCUCACCUUCACAACAACCGAGAGAGGUGACACACACACACACACAUUUUAAUCCAAUGCAGGAGGACCUCACACACUGCCUAGUGCUUCUUCUGGUCCAAACAAACACGUGUGUUUUGAUAUCACUGCCACCUACAGGUUGUCCUGUGUUACUGCAGGCCAGAGCAGGAUUUCUGAUGGGCUUCAUCUUAUAAGACUUUGACUGGUGCGAACAGAAAAGACUGAAAAUGUGUCACUUUGAGGUCCUCUUAUGGCAUCCGUACUUCAGUGUCAUAAACUGUGAUGAAAUCUGAUUGCCUCCAUUUGAGACUCUAUGUAUGACCUGAUGCACAGGGCAUAGUAAAGUGACUGUUGAAUGAGAAUAAGGUCGACGUACGCACUAUUCAGCACAAUUACAUUUGGCAUAAAAGCAUGAUUCUGUAUUUCCUAACUUAAUUUUAAAGUUAUUGACAGUUGAUGUCUUAUUUUCUAUUUUGUCUUAAUUUUAUUGGACUUUAACAACAUGUGGGAAUUUAAAUGUAAAUCUCUGGUAAGAUCUAGAAAGAAUACAAGGUAAUAUCCAAGGGAGGAAAGGUUUGAAAAUGUGAGGCAUGUAGAAUGGUAUAGAGCUAGAUACUGCACUAAUACUGUCAGUAGUGGUGAAUAGCUGGUUUUACUUGCAUAUCCAGCACACUGACAUGUGUAGCAGGAUAGUAGUAAGGUUAGUGUAGGUGUGGGUCAGUGAAAUGUUCUUCGUUGGGAGAUUUUUUAGAGAGAAAAGGCAGGCUGAUACGUCGGAUUCAGAGGAGGUUGAACAUUGUACCUGCUUCAUUUAGACUGAGUCUGUAAGGGUUACAUAGAAACAUACAGGGGUUCAUGUCGAAACACACAGCUGUUCUGUGGUAAGUUGUUUUAAGACCCUACGUAUUAUGCUCACUUUGAUUCAAUAUGACUAGCUAGAGUGCUUUCAGAGUUGCUCCCUCUGUGGGAUUGGAACUAGUCAAGGAAAAUAGUUUGUUUGUUUGUAAAACUUCUUACUGCACAGUAAUACAUCUAGACCAUAACUUUCCCUCUGGUAUAUCUAGUGCUGCUAGCACACAAAUACACUCAGGAUCUUAUUAGAAAUCAAAUCAGAAAUCAUUCUGACACACUUUGCACAUUCAUGAUUAGACUCCAUCAACUGUUUCAUUGGAUGAUGUUAAUUGAUCAACUGUUUCAUUGGAUGAUGUUAAUUGAUCAACUGUUUCAUUGGAUGAUGUUAAUUGAUCAACUGUUUCAUUGGAUGAUACUUGAUCAACUGUUUCAUUGGAUGAUGUUAAUGCUACAACAUGAUUGUGCUUCUAUACUCAUAUUACAGAAUUCCUGACCGUGUGAAUCAAACUGCACGUUUGCUACGAUACAGUAUGUUUGAUAUCUUACUUGUUUUUCAGUGUCGGGGCGCAUAUGGUUUAAUCUAAUACAUGAUAAAAUAAAAAAACACAUGAAAGAA